GUAAUAUUAUAUAAUCAUCAAUUAUACAUGAUGUCUGCAUGUGUCAAAUUUGUAAUUUUGUUGGAUUGUCUGUAAUAAAGCUGGACAUUCAAGACUCAAAGGUGCCCCAAUGCUAAAAGCUGAUUGGUCAGUCAGCUAUCUGUGUCCAUAAAUACAUUUGCAGAACUACAUGUCCAGCAAACAUAGGUUGUUGCAAGCAGCUCUUAUUGAGUCUGUGGAUGGAAGUUGUUUUAUCUAAAACUGAGCAGAAUUAUGUGUUUGCCCCUUUUUGUGGCUAUAGCUUGGGGGGGCUAAAAUGAUAGGGCUUUAUAUCAUCGCAUCUAAAGAAAACAUUAAAAACUCCCUAUUUGUAGUUCUGAGUAAUAUUCCUGACCAUGUGCUCAUAUGGGAAGCACCAGAUGUUACCUUCUAGUGAUGUAAUGUUCAUUUAAUAAUUAAUAGAUGUAGAAGGAAGAUCAAUAGGAGCACAAAUGACAAAGCGUAUGUAACAAUUGUAUGGAGGGAGGAGGAUGAAAAAGGAUGAGCACGUCUGGCAGACUGAUGGAAACCCCACCCAGACCUGAUUCCUUGCCGCUCCGUCCGCUGAUAAGCAGCUGAUGAGGAAGUGGAGCAGUAUUUCACAAGGACGUAUAGGGCAGGAUGAUCAACUCUAUUGAGCUAAUCAAGAUACUGUUGCUAAGACCCAGAGAGCCUCUGUCAGUUGACCUCAUAAGAACCAAAAGAGCAUUGAUUUGUCCAUGUCUGAGUCUGGCAACAUAUUAUUUUUUCAAAGGACAGUAAUCAUGUGGGCCCCUGGUAUUAUUUUUACAAAAGCUCCUUUUCUAGUGGGAAACAAACCAGACUUUUAGAGCUGGAAAAGGGAAACUACAAGACUUAAAAAGUGGAAGACGCCUUCUGUUGGAAAAUCUUUAGACAACCAUUUUAAAAAAAUUCAGACAUCCUGAAAAUGGUUCGCUUGACCAGAAAACUCAGAUAUGUUGGUGUAAAUGCUAGUUUGGCUUUUUGGUCAUGAUUGCAAGAGUUCUGCAUCGUUACUGGAAAACUGUCUUCUUGUCAGAUCGUAUCUCAGGGGUAAGUCUGUGAUUUUAAAGCCAUGGAGGGUCUUGAGCAACUUGAUGUGGUGGGUGAUAUCAGCCCAGCCCUGGAGGCAACAGAGGACUUCAUCCACUGCAUGGAUAGGAGGAUCCAGAGUCAAGGCCCAAGCCUGGCUCAGACCAGCCACCAUCAGCCUGCCAGGCAGCCUAAGCAGCUGCAGGAUGUGUCCAGUGCUGCUCUGGGGAAGCUUAGUUCCAGCGGUGUGUGGAAUCUUCUGGCCGGAGAGCAGCCCGAGGUUGGGCCCCUCGGCCUAGCCUGGGCCGACAACUUCAGCCUGCUGGGUCUGGGCAUGGGUUUGAGGCAUGGCAAGAGAAACCGAGCACGCUCCACCAAUGACCUGGUGGCCCAUAUGCAGGAGUGCAACAACAGCACGGGAAGUUCCUCAUCCAAGUCUGUUUUUAAGAAAGGACACAAUCGGUCCAGGUCCGACGUCAACUAUCGUCCGUCUGCGUACACGGACAAUGGACUGCCCACAGUGGACUGCAACACUCUGAAGAACAUGAUCCUCAACCAGCAGCAGGACGUUGACAAAAGCAGUAGUGGCAGUGUGGUGAAGCAGGGCGAGAUGGAGCAGCGUGAGGGCCCAAGGAGCCGCUGGACACCCUGUUAUGUUGAGCUGACUCCCUGUGAGCUGCGGCUCUACACUUUGGACAGCAGUGCCAAUCGCCAACUAGGCACUGCCUUCUCCCUGUCACACUGCCAGAGUGUUGUCGCCCCGGCACCCUGCAGCCAGUCGAGUCAGAUGAGCCAGCCUGGUGACAAGCGCACACUUCAGGCCUUGUUUUUCAACAGCACACGACUCCAGCUGAAGGCGGCCAACCAGUGGGAGGCAAUGGAGUGGAGAAGGCUGAUGUGGGAGAAGGUUCAGGCAGCUAGACCCAUAAGGCAGGACAACCGCAAGCAUAACAGUGGGCUGGAUAUUAAGCAGAGUGCUAAGUUUCCCGUACCGAUGUCACCUUCCUCUUCGCCCUCUCCCUCUGCACUGGACACUCAACCUGAUGGGGACUGCGACACUCCAACCUCAUCAGAAGCAUCGCUUUCUAAUAAUUCUGGAGUCCUGAGCAGACCAUCCACCCUCCCUCUGUUUAACCAGCGCUUCCAGGAUGUGCUGAAAGCUGGACUUCUUCAUCUGCUGUUGGAUCAGAACAACUGGCGGCCCUUCACCUUUGUCUUGACAAGAUCUGCUCUCCAGGCUUUCCCUACAGAAGGGAGGGGCUCUGUGUCCCAACCAGUCCUCCAGUUCUCCCUAGCGUCCUGCUUGUCAGUACAGCAAGAUCCUGUACCAGAGACUGGAGAGUCAUGGUUGGAUAAAGGGCGGUAUUUCCAGGCUGUGUUCCCCAAAGAGCUCCUAAAACUCCAGGCAGAUGAUCAUCUAAAAGCUCAGGAGUGGGUGGAAGCUCUACAGCAGGCAUUGGAUGCACACAAGUCCACACAAGAGGACAAGAGAGAACCAGGGGAAGGACCUGCUGGAUUACAGGGAGUGUUGUUGAGAUCCAAACCAUCAAGGAAGCAGAGGGAGGCCCAGAGAGCCAAGCGGCAGUCAGUCACCACCAGUUUCCUCAGUAUUCUCACCUGCCUGGCUGUGGAAAAGGGACUCACUGCUCAAAGCUUUAGGUGUGCUGGUUGCCAGCGUCAGGUCGGCCUGUCCAGAGGAAAGGCAAAGGUUUGCUGCUACAGUGGCUGGUACUACUGCCAGAGCUGCCAUCAGGAUAACUCUUUCCUCAUCCCUGCACGACUGCUGCACAACUGGGACACCAGUAAGCACAAGGUGUCUAAACAGGCCAAGGAGUUCCUGGAGUUUGUGUAUGAGGAGCCUUUGCUGGAUAUCCAGCAGCUCAACCCCUGCCUGUAUGAACACUGUGAAGCUUUGAGCAUGGUGCUGCGUCUCCGUCAGCAGCUCCAGUCGCUGAGGGCCUACCUGUUCAGCUGCAGGGCAACCAUCGCUGAAGACCUCAGGCGAAGGAUUUUUCCCAGGGAAUAUCUUCUACAGCACAUUCACCUCUACUCUCUGGCUGACCUGCAGCAGGUGAUUGAUGGGAAACUGGCUCCCUUCCUGUCCAAGGUGAUCAAGUUUGCCAGCUCCCAUGUGUUAAGCUGCAGCCUGUGUCGGGAGAAGGGCUUCAUCUGCGAGCUCUGCCAAAAUGGACAGGUCAUCUACCCUUUUCAGGAGAAUGUCGCACGAAGGUGUGACGGCUGCAGCGCUGUUUUCCACGCAGAGUGUCGACAGAAAGCACAGCCUUGUCCUCGCUGCGUCCGCAGAGAGCUCCACCACAAGAGGCCGUCAUCCUUCUGGUCGCCUGACGAUGACAGCCCUGGCUGCUUUCACAUGCCUUACCAAGACACCUGAGGUCCGCCUCGUUAAGAGAGGCCGGGAGAGCCGAAGGGCCCGUCGAGAGGCCGCCACCCAGGACAAAGUGCCUGUGUUUCUAGUUUGUCUAUCUGCAGGUUGGUGCUCGCUUCAGCUUUAACCACGGGACAGAUGUAGCUGCAGAGCUCCCACCUGAGCUGAGCCUCCUUCGUCAUACUCUAAAGAAGGGAAAAGAACCAACUGCUGCAUAAGGCUUUAAAGGCCCAAGCCCUACUUACUUUUUAGUCACCUCUUCCCCUUUAAAUGUUCUUAUCCCUCUUUCAUUUACCUUCUAAUCCAGGAUAAACACAGCAAAUCAGAGCUGAUAAGAGCAGAAAGUCGAACUGCACCAGCUUUGCUGCUUGUAACUUCUUACAGUUGAAAUUAUUACUCAGCAUACGAAAAGCUGGAACAAAGCACAACACCUGCUGCUUUGCUGACAUGACAAAACACAGAUGCUUUUUGAACCAAUUUCAUACAUUCAUUGCAAAAUAUUGGGUAAAAAAUGAUUAAUUGUGGAUUGAAAAGAAUAUUUAAUGUAUAUCUGCUCUUAAGUGCUAUAAGCCUACCAAGAAUAUCACUGCACACUGUAGCCUCAAGUAUACAGAAUAAGUAAAAAAAAAUGUUAAUGGGUGAGUUAUGUUUGCGUGUUUAUCUUAAAAGCAAUACUCUGGUGCUCCUAGGAAUAAUAAAGGUUGGCAGUAAUCUUCCUCCUUUUUAUACUCUGCAUCAAACGGGUCAGAAGCAGUCCUGAAAAGGGUGAAAAAGAUAGAUUUUUACUUUACAUUCUAGUUUAAAUUAAACUUAAUUUUGAUUUGCCACAUCAAAAGAUCUGUUUUUGUCAACUUUUUUUAUUUAUUUUCUGUCAAAAUUUCUGUCUGGGUCUGGUUUAAAAACCACACUAGACACUGGGAUUUCUUUUUAUGAAUUUCUACUAAGAAAAUAAAGGUUUCAUGGAUCCCGACUUAUGUAGGAACUUAACGUUUUGUUAUGGGGUUCAUUUAGCUGUGCAAGAUGCCACAAAAGCAGUGAAGUAGCCUUUAGCACCACCGCUAGUUACAGAAACCUAAAUGGGUUUUUUGUGCUCAAGUAUCCAGAAUUUUCUUCUUUUUUUUUUUUUUCUCUUUCUAUAAUCCCCCAAAUUUUGUGGCGAAUUUCUGAGCUUCACUUUUCAGGUAACCUGGACUACUCAUUCAGAAUAUUUAUUCUAGCCUUCAAUUAGCGUCUUUAGCUUAGCUAGCUUUACAAUGAAAACAGUCGUGUCUGUGCCUAUGUCAUGGUAAAUGUAGAUCCUUAACUUGACUUCACGAUUCCAACAUUUUUAACAAAUUGUUGCGUGACAAAAGGAGGAAUUUUGUGGUGAUAUUUUCAGCCUUCCUGUUAACUGCUGAAAGUGUUCCUCUCUCUCACAGCCUGAAUAAACAGCAGAUGUGUAUCGACGUGUUGUAGAAAGUACAGUUUCCUUCUAAUAGCUUCUGCUCUGGGCUUGUUUUUUAAGCUUCUAUUUAGAAGUUAAGGCUAAUUGAUCUGAAAAUAAAGCAAAAACAAAAAACUGUGUCCAAAGACGACCCUAAAAGAAUUUCUUCUGACUUGUGACCGAGUUAAAACUUCCCAUUAAUGACCAGUUUUUACAUGAAGACCGAUUACAGAAGGCUGGCAGAAAAGUUAUUGCUCACUGUAUUGAAAACAUAAAAAGCUGCAAAUGUACAGUUACUUGGAAAAAAUAUCAGGACAAAACCAGUACUGUAUAUAAAAUUGUUGUCAAAAGUUAUAAUCAAACUCAUUGAGUCAAUGAUUUGAUUUUCCUAUUAAAAGCUACUAUAUAUGAUGUUUAU